AUGCUGGGUUACCAAGGAGAUGUGAGCUGUGUAGCAAUUUAGCCUUUAGCUAAGAAGACGAGAAAAGGACUGAGAGAGGACUUCUGCUGCCGCAUGUUCACGUUCAAGCGGACAGCUGUGAUAUGGCAGAGCUCCACAUUAUAGGACAAAUAAUCGGGGCCAGUGGUUUCCCGCAAAAUAGUUUAUUUUGCAGGUGGGGAGUUCAUACGGGAGGAGCAUGGCGUCUCCUCUCGGGGCUGAAGGAGGGUCAGACUCAGGUGGAUAUCCCCCAAAUCGGAGAAAUGGCUUACUGGAGUCACCCAAUUGAUCUCCACUACGGGACCAAGGGACUCCAAGGCUGGCCGAAGAUCCACCUCCAAGUGUGGCACCACGACUCGUUCGGCCGCUGCCAGCUAUAUGGRUACGGGUACUGCCACGUCCCCUCCAGCCCCGGGCACCACCGGAUMAGCUGUGAGACCUGGAGGCCGCUCGGGUCCUGGCAGGAGCAGCUGGCACAAACGUUCGUCGGCGGUGGUCCCCAGCUUCGCAACCCGGACCUGAUAUACAGCGGGGCGGACAGAUACAGGCUGCACACCGAAGCCAUGGGGACCGUGGAGCUGGAGCUGGGAGUUAUCAUGAAAAACUUUGACAAAUAUGGCGUCGAGAACUGAAACGUCUAAGAUAUUUUAUUUUUUAAAAAUAUUUUAUGUUGUUGUGGCUGAACUGUUUUCUACGCCAAAGUUUUGUACAUUUUUCUAAAUUCCGUUUACGUUUUCACACUUCAAAUACACACGUUAAUAAAUAAUUAUAAACGAA